AUCUGACUGGGGGCAUCGCUCACUGCAGAAUGGCAUCAUGCACACAGGACAUUCUACUAAACAUGAAAAACAUGUCUCUGGAGCUGGUGAAAACGAGGCUGGAGGAGAUAGAGACCGCCGAGCUUCCCUACAAGGUCCCGACGUUCAUCUUCCUGGCGUCUCUUCUAAUCUGCGGCAUCCCCGGUAACAUUAUCGUUUGCUUUGUCUACAAGUUCAACUUCCCGUCCGGACCAUCCAAGAGUUUUAUUCUGGGUCUUGCGUUGUUUGACCUACAAGUUUGCUUUAUUGGUGUGCCGUUUGAAAUCGUUGAUCUCAAAACUGAUUAUUUUCUCAAUAUCCCCUCGUUAUGUAAAAUAGUGAGAUUCAGUAACACCCUGGCCUCCGCGGCUUCCGUGCUGACAUUGCUCGUGAUCGCCGUCUAUCGCUACAAGAAAAUCUGCCUUCCCUUCAAGAAGCAAAUAACAAUGAAAGAAGUUCGAUAUGCUUUUGCUGGAGUGGGAAUAUCUGCUUUAUUCAUUUCUUGGCCAGCACUGGUUUUCUACGGCAACCAAACAAAACUGAUUGGCGGUUACGAGACAACAGACUGCUCAUUUGACAAUGUGUUCAUGAGCAAGUUCUUCCCACAGUUGUAUCAAGUGUUCCUGGGCGUCUUGUGUUUCAUCAUGAUCGGCAUCCUCGUCGUACUCUACACCCUCAUCGUUUUCCAGAUCAUUAGACAAAAACGUCGAGGACGGGCGCUUGGAUCUCACUCAGGAACCCUCGGUUCUCGUCUCGACCUCACAGAAGACACGAAACACAAACCGCCCGGUGGCUUAAGAAAGGGUUCCAAAGCAAUCAGCGCCAGUACUCUUAGUAUUGGCGGAGAGGUAAGAUCCGCGACGCUGGAGCGGAAACAGGCGAAACACGUUAAAAGGUCGCAAACAACUAUCAUGAUGUUGCUGGUGACCGUUGCUUUCAUCGUGUCCUAUAUCCCCCACGUGGUCCUCCAAAUGACCCGCAGGCUAGACAGCGGAUUUGAGGCCAGGGUCCACUGCAACAAGUCGGCGUCCGCCGCUUAUAAGCUCUUCCUUCGGUCCUUCUUCCUCAACAGCGCCAUCAACCCCAUCAUUUACGGCUUCUACAACACCAGGUUCAGGAGGGAGAGCAAGAGACUGCUUGUGGGAUUGCUUCACAUUAGAAACGACAAGGUGCAAGUGAGCACAGCGUCAAGUGACUGAGUACAAUCGGUUUGCUGUGUUCGGGAUUACACGUCUAAUUGACAUGGACUAAAGGUUAACAGAAAGAAGCUGUUAUAGGUGUCUGUUUACCCAGCAGACUAUUAACCUUCUAGCGCUUCACGGGCAGCUUGGUUUAUCCGGGGUAGUAAUAUCCACCAUGUUGUAUGCGCUGAGAGCAUAUCUCUGCGCCGUGGAGUUCUGUGCGUAAUAUGGUACAGCUGCAAAUGGGUACCUUGUGAGGAGUCUGCGUGAUAACUCGUUGCGCCUAAGAGACUGCGUGAAUACUCCCCAGGUAGCUGAGAUGGUUUUAAUGAAUGGCAGGAAAAAAGACAUCCGUUGAUCAAGGGAACACUCCAGCGCCUUGAGUAUGUACUAGUUGCGUGGAUAUGUGCGCGAUAUAAAUAACAUGUAAAACUAA